UGUGAGUGUGGGAGUGACUCAGUGAGUUCUACUCGGUUCAGUCGGGCCGACUGUUUGGCGCGCUGAGGUUGUAUGAUUGCGUUUCGUUCGCGCUCCGACCCACGUGUGUCAUACUAAUUGCCUCGUGAUAAGUGUAGACUUUUGACUGUCGAUAACAUUGUAUCGAUGUAAGAUCGAUUUUUUCAUUCGUCAAUUGAACCUUGAUUAUUGACCGUCAGCAACAUUGAGUGGACAGUGUUUAGUGAUUUGGUGACUUUGAGCGAAUUGUUUUUAUCUGACAAACUGAGGAAUAUUACAGCAGCUGAAGACUGCCUUUGGAAAUACCUGAAAGGCUAGUGCGAUGUUACGGUGGGCGGAGGCGCUGCCGGUGUGAUGCUGGCCCCGCUGUCGCGCCGCGAUCUGGACGCAGAGGCGCCGGUCGUCUGGCCAGCCUGGUGCUAUUCAGGUGAAGGCGGCGGCGGCGGUGGCGGAACGCGGAGAUGCGCGCGCGACGCGGCCUCCCCCGCGCACGCGCACACGCCCGCCCCCACGCCGCCCGCCAACCCCGCGCACCCACACGUGCCGCCCGCCAACCCCACGCUGCCCACGCUACCCACACUGCCCACGCAGCAUAUGCAUAUGCAGCACGUGCAAGGCACGUACCACACGCAGCCACACGUCAAGAGCGAACGUCUCAGCCCUCACGAUUCUACUGCUUCAAGGUCCCGUAGCGUGACGCCGUCGACGUCGUCGUACCCGGGCACGCCGCCGGAGCGCGGCAGCCCGCACGCGGCGCCGCAGGCCGCCCCGCACGCCGCGCACCCCGCGCACCCCGCGCACCCGCCCCGCAACUACUCCGACAUCAUGCGCUCGCUCGCCGCGCGAUACAACACGCAUCCCGCCAAUGAUUAUUUUCAUCGGAUGAAUGGCUUCGGCGUUGAAGCGCGAGCGGCGCCACCAUCUCCAGUACAGUCGGAUACAAGCGAAGUCCCUCUCGGCGGCCUCUUUGACAAGCUAACCACACAGCAAGGAGGGCCACUGAGACUGCCUGCAUUCCCUCCCAUGCUGGAUAUGAGCUCAACUAAGACGCUGUUGGCGAUAUCGCGGGUUGGUCGCAGCGGGCGGUCACGGCGCAAGCGGCUGGUGGGUAACUCCGCAGAGCACUCCCCACUGGACCUGUCCGCUGCUAGCGAAAGCGCCGCUAAACGCGCCCGCCUCUCCGCCAGUCCCAGCACACGAAGCGACAGUGAUGACCGCGACAGGGUGUCUAACGAAGAUCGUAGUGACUGCUUGUGUGCGGAGGCACGCGCGCGGUUAACCGGCUGGUCGGUGGACGACGUACACGAGUUUGUCAGCUCUAUAGACAUAUGUGCGGAGUACGCCUCGAAUUUCCGUGAGCAAAGAAUCGACGGUGCAGGCCUGCCUCUCUUAACCGAGGAGCAUUUAACGGGCAUGCUUCAGAUGAAGUUAGGACCGGCGCUGAAGUUACGAGCAGUGGUGGCGCGGAGACUGGAGGCGUGUGCCAGUUGCCAGCCAGCGUCUGCCAGCACCACCGCCACGGUCACACCUGCCACGACACCAAACACCACGCCGAGGCUCAAUGGAGCCGCACUAAAGCCUGAACCGAGGAGUAAUUCAACGAGCCCCAGCUAGAAACUAUAAGCUAGAUUUCGUAACAGUUUCAAACCGCUUACAAGCCCGCGCAAAAUGAGGAAUGUAGGCGAUGCAUUUACGAAGUUGUUACAGUAUUUAAUUGCAACACGACUGUUUCUCACAGCCCUUUUAUUUUUAAAAUCACUGACACAUCACAUUAGCUUAGUUUUUAAUACAGACUGUGUAGAGGUUAUGAAUUAACAUCUGGUAAUACGCGGUAAUUUUUUAAUACAGAAACUAUGUAGAUACUGUUUUAUAUUUUAAAAUAAUGUUUUUAAUUUUUAAUCAACUCGUAAUUUCUGUAAUAUUAUAUUACGGCAGAAUAAUAUCCUACCAAAAUCUACCUUUUUGGUAAUAAAAGUUACUAUUUUAAUGUUUUAAUCCAGUGAAGUUAUAUGACUAGGAAAUAUGGCAAGGUUUUUAUAACGCCUUAUUGAAACUAUAUAUUUAGUCAUCGAAUCCAGAUUUGAUAGUCUUCCAGUUUUGUAAGUAGAUUUUGCAUUUAGAUACAACUUAAACUUAGUAAUAACUUGAUAUUUUAGUAUUGUAAAUACCUACAUUUGUUACGUGUUGCCGUCCAAAUAAUUACAUAGCAUUUUGGAAUAUCUUGUAUGUUUUCAUCUCAAACGUGUGUUAAAAAAUAAUCGAUAAUUUUUUUAAAAAAGAUGUGGCUAACGUCAUGCAAAGAGCUUAUAAACAUACGAACAUUUCGUAUUUUUUUCAUUUUGUAAUAACAUAUUCUUCGGUGCUAAAUGACCCUGGUAGAUAUAAUUAACUAUUACUAUGUAGAAUAAUUGUACAUAAAAGCCUUAUUGUAUAAAAAAUAAUAUUUUUGAGGCUACCUACAAGUAUACAGGGUCACAAAGAUACAAUCUGUAUAUAAUAUAAAUAAUAUUGUUAGAUUGUUUGUAUAAUUUUGUCGCAUACAUAAAUAGCAUUUAUUUAUAUCACACCUGAAGAAAGCUCAGUAUAUAAUGUACCGAAUAACUUGAGUAGCGAUGUAUUUAGUUUUUAAUUGUAAAAACUGACUUCAAUGCAUAAUAACUUCUAAUAACCUUACUAUCAGAAUAUUGUU